GGCCUCCAUAGUUCCUUUGGGGGGGAGGGGAUGUUAAUGCACGAAAAAGGACUGCUUGGGCGUGGCGGGAGGGGCACACUUCAGCUCUGAGGGCUCCUGAUAGGAAUGGGUAUAUAUUUUUUCGGUUUCGGAAUCACCUCUGCGCCGACCUCCGCGUAGGCCGCGCGGCCUAGGCCUUGGCGGGCCGCUCGCCGCCUUUCUCCGCAGCCCGCCCCUGGGGUCACUCGCUCACGGGCGCGGGGCCCUCAUCGGGGCGAGAGCCCCCACACACACCUCCCCCGCGGGCCCGGAGGUGGGGGACCCGGGGGACACGGACACUGGUGGGUGGUUGGGUGUAAUUAGCGCGGGCCGCGCGCGAUGGAGCAAGCGAGGGGGAGGGGAGAAGAGGAGAGCGAGCGAGGGGGUUAAAAAAAAAGGAUUUUAAGGAGAGAGGAAACGGGCCGCGGAGACGGGCCGACUGUCUGUCUGCCCGCCCUAGGUGCCCCGGCUGCUCGGCCCCCGCCGCAGUCAGAAAUUCACACAAAAUGGCGGCUCAGCCCAGAGGAGCCUAAAGGCUGAGGCGGGAGGAAGGGCGAGGUGGGAGGGGGAACUGGGAGGUGGAGGCGGAGGCGGCGUCACGUGGAGGAGAGGGGCAGAGGCCCUCUCCCGACCGCCGGCGGAAAGAGCCGAAAGCCGCUGAGCGGGAGACUGGGGGUAAGCGGAAAGAGCCGAAGUGGCGAUGCGGGUGUGGCUAAAGGAUGUAUGGAAAGUCGUGGGGGCCGGAGAUAGCCAAAGUGGCCGAGGACCGGGUUUGGGCGGGGGAGAAAAACAAGGAACUGAGACGAUCCGGAAGGAGCCGAAGGCGGCGUCCGAGUUAUGGAUGAAACAACACUGGGUGAGAACUUAGACCACAUGGAGGACAGGACCCCGUCCUUUCAAGCUGUGGUCUCCAGCUGGUGCCAUCUCUGAAGCUUCUGCAGGCCAUUCCAGAAUUCUAGACGGCCAUGUGCUUUUAGGUUGUCAGAUGGUUCCAAUGCGGACAGUAUUGCUCCCUCCAGAGCGUUUUGGAAGUUUGCAGGGACUUUUUUGGACAUCACAAUAAUGAAGGCUUGUUACUGGUGCUGGAAAACAGGGAUCUGCAACAUGACCUUGCACUUCACAAAGUUUCUAUUUAUAUUUAUGUGGCUGUUUUAUCUCUCCCACUGGAUUAUGACUGUCCUUAAAGCAGAGGCUGCGGGCCUCCCGGGUGCUUCUUGUCGGCAUGAAAGGACUCGGGGCUGAAAUUGCCAAGAAUCUCAUUCUGGCAGGAGUGAAAGGACUGACCAUGUUGGAUCCUGAACAGGUAUCUCCAGAAGACCCCGGGGCUCAGUUCUUGAUCCGUACUGGAUCUAUUGGACGCAACAGGGCUGAAGCCUCUUUGGAACGGGCCCAGAAUCUCAACCCCAUGGUGGACGUGAAGGUGGACACUGAGAAUAUAGAAAAGAAGCCGGAGUCAUUUUUCACUCAGUUUGAUGCUGUUUGCCUGACUUGCUGUUCCAGGGAUGUCAUAAUCAAAGUUGACCAGAUCUGCCACAAAAAUAGCAUCAAGUUUUUUACAGGAGAUGUUUUUGGCUACCAUGGAUACACAUUUGCCAAUCUUGGAGAACAUGAAUUCGUAGAGGAGAAAACCAAAGUUGCCAAAGUUAGCCAAGGGGUGGAAGACGGACCUGAUACCAAGAGAGCAAAGCUUGAUUCAUCUGAAACUACUAUGGUCAAAAAGAAGGUGGUCUUUUGCUCCGUUAAGGACGCACUGGAAGUGGACUGGAGAAGUGAUAAGGCGAAGGCAGCUCUGAAGCGCACAACCUCGGAUUACUUUCUCCUUCAAGUGCUCCUGAAGUUCCGCACAGAUAAAGGAAGAGAUCCUAGUUCUGAUACCUUCGGGGAAGAUUCUGAGUUGCUGCUCCAGAUUCGAAACGACGUGCUUGACUCCCUGGGUGUUAGUCCUGACCUGCUUCCUGAAGACUUUGUCAGGUGUUCUCUCUGCCGCCUCUCAGCAGAAACCACUUUCCAUUGUCCAGGCCCUUGUGCGCUCAGGCGCUUCCGCUGCCCUCAUAUCAUGGGCCUGUUUGCGGCAAACACACAGAUCAAUAGCCUCACUGGUGCUUCCAUGUCUCAUUGUGGGAUAGCUGGUAAUUUACUUAACCAUUAUGUUGGUGGGUGUUUAAGUUAUAGAUACUUUGUCACUAUUAUAAACAUUCAUAAUUUGUAUAUGUAAUAUAACUUUUAUUUAAAUUUUUUUUA